AUGUCUUAUUUCUUUUUCACUGGUCAUCUGGAUAGAUGGUUGGAUAUACUUACUGAUCAGGCUUGGCCUGCGCGGAAGGGACAUGAGCCUGGUCCACGAAUACUUGACCUCACAUUUGCACUUUCUUCUUCCGUCAAACCUUGUGAUAUCCGGCAGUCGUCUGGCUCCAUCGCCGAUCUACGUAGUAUUCGAUUCGUAGUUGCUAUCCUGGAUACCGACGACAAAACGGUGAGCGAGCGGCCUGUAGCAGAGAGGAAGCCCAGACCAGGACCAGGUCAACCCUAG